AUGGACACCAUCGAUGCAAGUGACCCACAGCCGACUGCGCAGAUCCCGCUGCUCUCUGGCAACAGGCGCGCCCUCGUCACCGCGCUCCUGCAGGGGAAAUCCUACUACGAGCUGGGUCUGAUGUUCCAGGGCCUGGCCAGCGACGCGCAGGACAUCCCAGAAUACCUAUGGGGUUACAACGACGACUACGUCACGAAACUCGAGGAGAUGAGUGACCCGCGGUCGGAGAUAUGGCGAAUAUUCCAUACCAUCCCCAGGCAGGUUCUCGAGUCCUUGGUGCUCGGUACUUUCGCCCAUGACUUCAUGCGGAAGUCCGGCAGGCCCAGCCACUACCGAGACAUGAGAGAAUUCGGCGUGUACGCCGUCGCCAUCGCCGUCGCAGGGCGUGACGGCGCGUGGCUGAAGCCCCCAGAGCUGACCAAGCUGAUAGGAUAUCUCGAGGACUACAUUGACGCGUCGAUAGGUUAUUUCGACCGCGAUGGCGCCGCCCCGAGAGACAGACAGGAAAGCAGGGCCCGGGACUUUGUGAGCAAGGUUGACAACAUGUUUGGGCAGCACGCAAAGGAGGAGGGCCCUCGCUUCGUGGUGAGCAACGAUACCGACGUCCUCGAGGGCUGGCGUGCUCUUGUCAGCAGCCUGAAGCUCAGGAGGGACAGGAGCCUUGCCAUCGACCCGUCCGGCCGCAAGCCUCUCCUGCAGGGCCCACUGUACGCCGGAUGCUCUGCCAAGCUGCAGACCCGGUCAAAGGCCUACGACCCCCAGUCGGGGAAGAAAAGCAAGCUCGAGGGUGUAAACCGGGCGUAUGCCAUCGUGAUGUCCCUGAUGAUGUACAUGUCCAUCGAGCCGGUCCACGUCUGCCGGUGCGUCACUCGCCUGUGGAACAGGACGGACCUGCCCACCGACGAGAUCCUCGUGGCCGCCCUCGGCAACUCGUACAUCUCCCAGGACGGCUUCAACCGCAUCGUCUGUGGCGGCGAGUCUGGGAGGCCGAGGGCGAGGAGGAGGUCCAAGGCCAGGGCGGGAGGUAGGGCCGGCUCCAAGUCACCCAAGGCCCCCAAGACGCCGCCCGCCGCCCACGCUGUUGCCGGCGAGGAGCACGGGGAGGAGGGCGGCAGCCUCUUUGAUAACGAGGCUGAAGAGUACGUCAAGGGCCGAGAGAGGUACUUUUAUGACAACAUCUUUGCGUCUGUGGAAGAGCUUCGCAAGAGGCACGCAUUCGUGAGGGAGUUUUCGGGCCUGCAGCCGCUCUUUGACGCGCCGGGCGACAACACCGUCGAUAACCUCAUGGAGCUAGAGUGUGAGCUGGCUGAGGUACAAGAAACUGCCAAACAGAUCAAGCAUUACAUACAGCGGUAUGACAAGGCCGAGAAUGCCAUCAAUGAUCGUAUCACGCUCCUGCGGCAAGAUCUCGAGAUCACAGAGCUGGUGGCCAAGCUGCAGGCCUUGGUUGACUCAUAG